AUGCACAGGACACGCAGGGUCGAGGAUCGGGUGGGGGCGAUAGUGAAGGACCCUGAUGUGGCGAAGCGGAUGGUAAGAUUCAUGGAAAUCAGCACCAUCGGGGUGUCCAAGGAAGCUCAACUCAGAGCUAUCACCAUCUUGGAAAUGAUCUCCACCAACAGCUGCCCAAGUAAUUUCUUCGAGUUUGGGCGGUGUGUUAUGGCUGAGCGAUGGAAGAAACUGCGCGAAGCUCUUCAGGGAAAUGAUGUUUUGCAGGUCCCUGACUUUCCUCCUCGACACUGCAACUUCAAACAAAACUAUAACGAAUGCCAUCCAGCUUACGCCUGGAUGAAGGCCCAAGAGGGAGUCAAUCUAGAAGAGGUAAUGAAGGAGGAGAGAAUUAGAGUACGGGGAGGCGGGACUUUCGGGUGCCCCAACAAUUAUGCUAGGCUUAGUAUGUUGGGCAGGGAUAAAGACAUUGAUUUGCUUCUAAAGAGGCUUCCCUCCAUUUUUAAACGCCUAGCUCUUUGA